GUAUACCUUAGUAGUUUUCCACGUACAGACGCACAGUGUUUUAGUUUCUGCUUAAAGGUUUUUGUUCGCUAGAAACCCGAAAGCGGAACGUUUGUUCGCCACUUUGGUUUCUCACCGAUGCGCAUCAUGACGAGCCCAACCCGGAAACAUUGAGCUCAGAAUCUGUUUAUUACAAUUAUUUUCUUAAAUCAACGCUGGAGGAAGCGAUCGUACUGUUUGAAUUAUAUCUGGUGGUCAUGGUUAUAUCGUUCUCCUGGGCUGUUUAUUUUAUGUUCGUGGGGUUUCAAAGGGGGUGAGAAUGGACUUCUCUAAAUUCCUAGCAGAUGAUUUUGAUGUGAAGGAUUGGGUGAAUGGAGCCUUCAAAGUGGUUCAGAAAGAUGCACCUGGAAAAACUGACGCGCACGCUUCUACUUUGGUCAUGAAGCUGCAGCUGUUUAUUCAAGAGGUCAACAACUCCAUAGAGGAGAGCAGCAUCCAGGCCCUGCAGAAUAUGCCUCGAGUAUUGCGGGACGUUGAGGCUGUGAAGCAGGAGGCUUCGUUUCUGAAGGAUCAGAUGAUUUUGGUUAAAGAGGACAUCAAGAGAUUUGAACAGGACACUGUGCAGUCUAUGAAGGUGUUGGUAGAGAUCGAUCAGGUGAAGUCUCGCAUGCAGUUAGCAGCAGACGCUCUUCAGGAAGCAGAUAAAUGGAGCACUCUGAGCGCUGAUAUCGAGGAGACCUAUAAAACACAGGACGUAGCUGUGAUCAGCAGUAAACUGGCGGCUAUGCAGGGUAGUUUGGCCAUGUUAGUGGACACUCCGGAUUACAGCGAGAAAUGUGUUCAGCUGGAAGCUCUGAAGAACAGACUGGAAGCUCUCGCCAGCCCACAGAUCGUCGCCACGUUCAACUCGCUGUCUAUCGAUCAAGCCAAGCUUUUUGUAAGAGUGUUCACAGAAAUGGACAGAAUGCCACAGUUACUGGCAUAUUACUACAAAUGCCACAAGGCAGGGUUGUUAUCAGUUUGGGAAAGCAUAUGUCAGUCAGACGGCCCUCUGAAACAGCAGCUCUCUGAGUUCUACGACACGCUUCUGUCCACAUGGCACACACAGUUACAGUGGAGCGGUCAGGUGUUUAGAAACCCCUGCGAGGUGGUCACCGUACUCAUGAUCCAGACAUUAGGGGCGAUGUCGCCGUCUAUCCCAGAAUGCAUUGCAGCCGCUUUAAAACGCUGCUCAAGUGAAUGUCGCCUCGACAUCUUAUUGGAACUCCAUCAGACGGCGGCGAACUUUGGUCGCAGUCUAGAAGCAGCGAUGCAGCCACAGCUCGGUGAGUUCAACAUGUUGAAGGUUGCAGAGCUGGUGUUGUGUGUGUAUUCGCCUUAUAAGACUUCUCAAAUGCAAUAUGGAGACCUGGAGGAGACCAAUCUGCUGGUCCAGCUCAGCGCUGUUCCACUGGAGCGUGGUGAGGUGUUGGACUGUGUGUUGGAACUCACACACUCUGUGCAGAAGGUCUUUGGUUUGGCAGGCGGCGCUGUGGAUCGCUGUGUUAAGUUUACCGACGGUCUGGGUGUGUGUGGGCUGAUCAAAGCCCUCCGAGGUCUUUUCAGCAAAUACGUGUCAGAUUUUUCUGUCACUCUUCAGUCGAUCCGAAAGAAGUACAAAUUGGAGGACACGCCCACUUCUGAAGUCUUCACAGAGGAUUGGACAGCCUUUCAGAACUCUGUGAGGAUCAUAGCGACCUGUGGAGAACUGCUUAGACAAUGUGGAGCUUUUGAACAACAGCUGUCAAACAAGAUCCUUGGGAGGGCGGGACGUUUCCUGUGGGAGGGGUUUAACCCCAGAAGUCUGACCGGCUUACAUGAGGGAGUGACUGAGAGGCGGAGCCAAAAGAACCCAUGGCAGGAAUAUAAUUACCUUCAGCAAACAAACGCUGCGGAGUAUAAUAAUCUGCUGGAGACGCUGCACUCGCUCAAGGAGAAAGGAACAGGAAACUCAAGCUUACUGGCCGAGACUCGCGCCGCUCUGACGCGUCUGAACCAACAGGCCAAUCAGCUCGCGUUUGACUCUGUGUUUCUGCAAAUCAAACAUCAACUCUGCCGUCUUAACAAACCCGAGGGUCGCGGCUCUGCUGAUUUGAGCGAAACACUAGCUGAUGAUCUGCCGGCCUUCAGUUUGUCACCACAAGAGUACAUCGCUAAUAUCGGGCAGUAUAUCAUGUCUUUGCCAUUGCAUUUGGAGCCGUUUGUGGCUCAGGAGGAUCCAGCACUAGAACUUGCUUUACAUACCGGCAAACUGCCAUACCCACCAGAACAAGGUGAUGAUGUUCCAGAGCUUGAAAACACUGCAGAUUAUUGGCUGGGGUCUAUCGCCAGGGCAACCAUGCAGACCUAUUGUGAUGUCAUCCUACAGAUUCCAGAGCUGAACCAACAUGCAACCAAACAGCUUGCGACGGACAUUGAUUACCUGAGUAAUGUCAUGGAUGCGUUGGGCCUACAAACCUCCAGAACCCUGCAGAACAUCGUAACUCUUCUUCGUGCCAAACCAGAGGAAUAUUGGCCAACGGCUAAGCCCCUCCCACGCAGACUGUCGUCCUCCAUUGCCAGCAUGCGGGGUCUGGAGUACUGAUCAAGUCAAAUGACUGUAUGAGGGCUCUACCGUGUUGCUUAUUUCACACCAAACUAAGAAACCAAAUCUAAACUUACCAGGCAAACACACGUGUAAAUAUUUAAAUGUCGAUUAUGUCCUGCAUCUUGAAUUAUUUGAAAAGUUCUUUCAUUCCUUUUUAGCUUGAAGAAAUGUUUUGGGAGCAAAUGCUUUGGCUGGUGUGUGGAGAAAAUGGUGUUCGAGGGAUCCAGGAAUGUUUUAUGGGGUCAGGUUUUGUUUAGCAUGUGUGCUAUUAAUCUUUAUUUAUAUGACACAUAAAAACAUGUGAUGGUGGUGAUAGGGUGACAAUCGCUUCCUGAACUUCUGUUCUUUGCAGAAAUGGACUGUUUCAUUAAGAUUUUAAAUCAUUUUUGGGAUGUUUUCAUAACUGUGUGUUUGUUAACAAAAUAAACCUGAAGAGGUGCAAUGAA